AUGGACGUGCCAGGCUUCGCCUUGAUCACUGGUGCCGCGUCCGGCAUUGGCAGAGCGUGUGCCAAGACGUUUGCAAGAGACGGCGCUGCCGGAAUCGCCUUGUUGGACGUCAAUCAAGAUGCACUGGCGGCGGUCCAGAAGGAGGUUGAAAACGCAGCACCGGAACAAACCCGACGAUGUCAAGUGGAAGCGUACGUGGUGGACGUCACGAAUGAGGAUCAAGUGAACCAAGCCGUUACCGACGUUGCUACAAAGUUCGGCCGUCUCGACUACGUGGUCAACGCCGCGGGAAUUGCCAUGAAGCACCAGGGCGGCGCGGCAUUUGCGGAAACGCGUGAUUGGCAGAGAAUUGUGGACAUCAAUCUGACGGGAACUUUCUUCGUCCUCAGAGCGAGCGCGCGGAUCAUGUUAAAGCAGGACCCGAUUCUCUCCAACAUCGAUGGUCGUCCGCUGCAGCGCGGGUCAAUUGUCAACUUCGGGUCGAUCCAGGGAGUAGUGGGGAUUCCCAUGUCCACCGCAUACACCGCGACCAAGCACGGCGUCAUCGGCCUGACUCGGACGGCAUCCGAGGAUUAUGCCAAAGAUGGCUUGAGAAUCAAUGCCAUUUGCCCAGGAUAUACGGAGACGCCCAUGACCACGAAAUCGCCGCUUGUCCUGCAGGCAAUGUUGGAGCGGGUGGAUACUGCCGUCCCUAUGCAACGGAUGGGAAGACCGGAAGAGAUAGCUGACGGGGUGGUCUACCUGUCGGGAGGACGAAGCUCCUUUGUCACAGGGACGACGCUUUUCGUGGACGGCGGGUAUACUGAGCGAUAGAGCAACGGACGAAGGUUUCAUGCCAAGUGUAGUCACGGUCAUGGUUGGAGCCAGCGGACCAUUUCUCUCUCAAGGGCUCGAUCUUUCCAGUGCAAUCGAAUGAUAGAUUGGUAGAGCGAAU